AUGGAACUCCUAAACAAUAAACUUUGCUUCCUGUUUGUCCUUAUUAUCAUUGGCAGUCAAUUGUUAUAUGUUUGUAGUGAACGUCCUUCGGAUGGUCUGAUUUUGGCAAAACGUUAUCGUUUCGAUAAAAAAGAUAGUUCAACAUCGUUGGAAAGUGAUGAUGACGACCGUUUCCUUCCGAUCGACAAGCGAUAUCGUUUCGAUAAACGUUACCGAUUCGAUCAAAGACAAGUGAAUACAGAUGGAUUUAAUAAACGAUAUCGUUUUGAUAAACGCUAUCGAUUUGAUUGA